AGCUGGAGGAGAGAGCCAGGCUUUUGCGAUUCGCGAUACUGAUUUUCAACUCCGAUUGCAACCGCAUUGUGGCGUCAUCAGUCUAAACCAGAAAAAGGGCAAUUACUAGUUUCGUGGUUGCUGCACGUUCCGUGUCUAGCACGCUGCAGUGCAGGACCUCAGGACAUUUUUCCCAGGUCGAGGAUAUAUAGAGCGCACACUUGCAAUCGAGGUAUUGGUCGAGUUGGUGGAAAUGAUUCGUCUCGCCAUUCCUUGACAAGGAAUAACUUCAGCUUCAGUGUAAGUUAACUGGGUGCAUCUUGCUCGUUUGUUAGACUCGCGAGAUUUGGUGGACGACUGAAGUCGACGGACCAUGGAGUCAUCGAUUGUCGACUGGACUGGUGUGCCGCAUGUCGUUUUGAUACCGUGGUUCGGAGCUGGGCAUACCAUCCCGUUCUUGGAAAUUGCUCGACGAUUGGCAGCUGAGGGAAUCGUCAUUACCUUAGUGACCACAGACAGGCAUGUCGUAGAGGUGCGGAGUUUAGUCGGAUCGAUGGAUUUGACUUCUCAAGGAUUACCUCUGAGGCUUCUAGGGUUGAGGGACAACAUGGCGCAUCUCUCCCAUUAUGAGUGGAUGGAAAAGGAGAGGGAGGACCCCGAGGCGCAGCUCAAUGUGGUGAAGCUCUUGCAAGAGCUCAUCGUCGAUGUUGGGUCACCAGAUUCAAUGAAACUGCGAAAUGUGCAACCUGCAGCUCCUCCCGUCUGUGUCUUGCACGACUUGUUUGUUCCAUGGGCUCAACUUGCGGCGGAAAAUCUUAAGAUUGAAAAGCAUAUGUUCUAUUCAUCCUCAGCAAGUGCAAUGUCAUGUGCAUUACAAACGCGCCGCCUAUAUCAAGAAGGGCGUAUACCAAUCACUCGAGAAAUGCGCAACAUGGUUUUCACAGAUAUUCCUGGUCUCCCACCAAUUCCCGCAUUAGAUCUAUUUAGCUCGUUUAUGGAUCCCGUCAUGUACAAAUGGAUGAGUCGUCAUUACUUCGCGUGUCAAAACGCAGACGUGGUUCUGAUCAACACUUACUAUGACCUAGAGAAACCCGUACUUGAUGCCUUGCGCAAUGAAGUCAUUGCAGCUCCAGAUGCACAGAUUAAAUUUAUCUACGACAUAGGGCCGUUGCUUCCAGAGUCUUAUGUCAGGAGGGACAGAGAUGAUGACAUUCUGCAGCAAGGUUCGGAGGAGACGGAUCCAUGUAUCUUGUGGCUGAACACGCGACCUCCUUCUUCAGUUAUCUACGUUUCCUUUGGAAGUAUGCAAACCAAUUCACCUCCACAGCUGCUGGAAAUGGCUCUGGGAUUAGAAGCAAGUGGCAGCUCUUUUCUGUGGCUAGUUCGGCCUCCGGACUCACCCGGAAUGACAGCAGCUUUGGGAGGUCCAUGCUCCAUCACAGAGUUCCUUCCAUCGGGGUUUGAGGACCACGUGAAAGAAAGAGGAAUGUGCUACUCUGGAUGGGCGCAGCAGAUGCGGAUUCUGAAGCAUCCGGCGAUAGGAGGAUUCUUUAGUCACUGUGGAUGGAAUUCUACUCUUGAGGCUGUAUGCGCUGGAGUUCCGAUACUGGGAUGGCCGUUCAAAGCAGAGCAACACCUCAACUGCAGAAUCUUAGUGGACACGCUGAGAGUAGCCAUUGAGGUGGAGGGAAACCCCCACACGAAGGAAGAGCUCGAAAGUGAGAAGGUAAGGCUGGAUCGAUUUGUCUCGAAAGAGGAGAUUGAGAAGAAGGUAAGGAAUCUAAUGCAAGAGGAGAAAGGGCAAUUAAUUCGAGAAAACAUGCAGAGACUUAGAAUCAAGUCUCGUGAAGUGCUGUCACAAGGAGGCUGCUCACGACAAAGUUUUGAAGCUUAUCUUCGUCUCCUUCGCGGAAAAAGAGACAAUUUCUUAGCAAGUCGGCCUAACCAGCAACUUCAUCGAGUUCAUUUGAAUACUCCGUGUACAGCUAAUAGACAAUUUCGAUAGCUUUAGAAAUCGAAGGUAAUCAGUAAUGUGCGCAAAUUGAGUUUACAUGGCUCAUUCAAUGGCUGUUGUCCAAAUUCUUUUGUACAAGUUGCCAGCGCUUCACACUUGAAAGCGCAGCAUUAUCAUCACAUGGACUGAAUUUAGACUGUUUCCAGCCACCCUUAUCAGAA